CGCGGGGCACGGGUGGCGCUGGAGUCGUGGCUGUAGACGAUGAGGUGCAGACGCUGUCGGGCAGCGUGAGGCGGGCCCCGGCCGGACCCCCCAGCAUCCCCGGAACCCCGGGCUGCGCAGCCGUUGCCAAGGGCCCCGGCGGACAGCAGCCCAAACCGGCCAGCCUGGCCCGCGGGCGGGGGGCAGCCGCCGCCAUCCUCAGCUUGGGCAACGUGCUCAACUACCUGGACAGGUACACCGUGGCAGGCGUCCUUCUGGACAUUCAACAGCACUUUGGGGUCAAGGACCGGGGUGCCGGCUUGCUGCAGUCAGUCUUCAUCUGCAGCUUCAUGGUGGCCGCCCCCAUCUUCGGUUACCUGGGGGACCGCUUCAACAGGAAGGUGAUCCUCAGCUGUGGCAUCUUCUUCUGGUCGGCGGUCACCUUCUCCAGCUCCUUCAUCCCCCAGCAGUACUUCUGGCUGCUGGUCCUGUCCCGGGGUCUAGUGGGUAUCGGCGAGGCCAGCUACUCCACCAUUGCGCCCACCAUCAUCGGCGACCUCUUCACCAAGAACACGCGCACCCUCAUGCUGUCUGUCUUCUACUUUGCCAUCCCUCUUGGAAGUGGCCUGGGCUACAUCACUGGCUCCAGCGUGAAGCAGGCUGCCGGAGACUGGCACUGGGCCCUUCGGGUGUCCCCCGUCUUGGGCAUGAUCACAGGAACCCUCAUCCUCAUCCUGGUCCCAGCCACUAAGAGAGGCCAUGCUGACCAGCUCGGGGGGCAGCUCAAGGCACGGACCUCGUGGCUGCGAGACAUGAAGGCCCUGAUCCGGAACCGCAGCUACGUCUUCUCCUCCCUGGCCACGUCGGCUGUGUCCUUCGCCACAGGGGCCCUGGGCAUGUGGAUCCCACUCUACCUGCACCGUGCCCAAGUUGUACAGAAGACGGCGGAGACCUGCAAUAGCCCGCCCUGUGGGGCCAAGGACAGCCUCAUCUUCGGGGCUAUCACCUGCUUUACUGGCUUUCUGGGCGUGGUCACGGGUGCAGGUGCUACACGCUGGUGCCGCCUGCGGACCCAGAGGGCCGAUCCACUGGUGUGUGCUGUGGGCAUGCUGGGCUCCGCCAUCUUCAUCUGCCUCAUCUUCGUGGCGGCCAAGAGCAGCAUUGUGGGCGCCUAUAUCUGUAUCUUUGUCGGGGAGACGCUGCUGUUUUCUAACUGGGCCAUCACUGCGGACAUCCUCAUGUAUGUGGUCAUCCCCACCCGGCGAGCCACCGCUGUGGCCUUGCAGAGCUUCACCUCCCACCUGCUGGGCGACGCAGGGAGCCCCUACCUCAUCGGCUUUAUCUCGGACCUGAUUCGCCAGAGCACCAAGGACUCCCCGCUAUGGGAGUUCCUGAGCCUGGGCUACGCCCUCAUGCUCUGCCCCUUCGUCGUGGUCCUGGGUGGCAUGUUCUUCCUUGCCACCGCUCUCUUCUUCCUCAGCGACCGUGCCAAGGCUGAGCAGCAGUGCCGCUGGGAUAGUGAAGAACCCUUGCUCUCACCUAACCUGGGAAGCAUCCUACAGCAUCCCAGGCCUGCGGCCCUGCCCCAAAACUUCCUGUGUGACCAACCACCAGGGACCCACCCUCUCUGGUCCAAGACUGCUGAGUGGCCCUGGCUCCAAGAAGCCACAUCCUCUGUUAACCUGGAAGACUGUGUGUCUUGGGGCAGGUUGGACGGAUUCUCAGCCCUGGGUUUGGGCUGCAGAGCCCCUGGGUUUGGGCAGCAGGACCCCUGGGGCCAAGGGAGAAGGCACCCCCAAGUAGGUGUAUCGGGAGACAUUGGCCUGCCACCAACUUACGUGAUCUUGGGUAAGCCCCUGCCCACCCUAUGUCUUGGGGCCAGGGAGCUGGACUUUCCUGCACAGGGUGUUGGGCAAGGUCCUAUCUACAGCUUUGAAGACCCAGCAGACCCCGGACCAUGCAGAGAAGAGGUGGCCCGGGCCUUGGGGCUGCAAUUCAGGUUCUGAAGCUCUUGGAAGCACAGGGACCACUGUCCCUUAGCUGGGCUUCCGACUUUGGGGUCACUGGCUUCAGGCUGGCACCUGGGGUGGAGCACUUGUCACAGGGUGCUUCCUGGCCUCCUGGUCACUCUGGAGGACACAUCUCUGUUGCCUUGAGCCCAGCUCUUACCCUGGACUUCCCAGGUUGGGAUCACCCCUCCACGGGGAGCUGGCAUCACCAGGGGUGAAGGCCCUGGUGGCAGCCACGUACCACCCAUGCCCCAGGUUUGAGAUGUUGGGAACCACCUACCAGUCCACCUCUGCAGGGCUCCGUGAGCCCUAGAGCUCCUUGCUGACUUUCCAGAAGGCUGGAGUCCACUCCCUCCCUUGGGCUGGGCCGAGCCUUUUCCAGGGGCAGUAUCCCAGGAACCAUAUCCAGAAUCCAUGGAGUAGCAGCCAGGGCUCUAGCUGCUGGAGGAAGCAGCUAUCCCCUCAGCUUCCUGCUCCAGGGACUGAGCUUGAAGGAGGGAGGCUGAUGUCCCUGGCCACCAGCUGCUGUGGCUCACUCUCACAGUGACUGCAAUUCCGGGGGGCUGGGCCUUCUCCCCAGACGUUGAUCACCCCACUCCUGUCUACACCCCCACCCCCUGCAGCUACCACCAGGUUAUAGCUGUCACCUGCACACCAGCCCCCUGGGGGAGCUUAUGCCCACCGCCCCACACUCCCUGCACAUCUGCUGCAAUCGCGGUCACAGGAGACCCCGAGCGCCAGCGGGACACCACUCCCUUUGCCCCUUAGUUACUGGCUGGCUGUGGCUUCAGUGGUGUGUUAGCUAGUGGAAUACCCACCCUACCAAGCUCUGGGGCACCCUGGGGGCUGGACGGGGUGGUAUCCCCCAAAGACCAGCCUGGCCUCCACCCCACCCUCACCUGGGGCCCCAGCAAUGUUUUCUUGUUGUACAAGAACCAGGUCCAAGUGUUGCCUCCUCUUCCUUCCGGAAGCCAAACUGCUCCUUUAUUUUUUAGAGCUGCUGAUUGUGAAUCUCAGAAUCUUAAGAGAGAAGCCAAAUAUAUUCCUCUUGUAAAUGAAGAAAUAAACCUAUUUAAAUCA